UGCACCACCCAAUGAACAUGUUCGCGCCCUAUCAUCCUGCAUGAUUUUCCAUCAGUCUCUAUUCAGGCUAUGUAGUAAUUGUAUUGGACAGAGGUCUGACAAGCUAAGUUGAUACGUUUCUUUUGUUUUAUCGACGUCCCGAAAGUGAUAGAUAGUUUGCCUAGAGGCCACCGUCUCUGUCUGGUUGCUCCUCCACUCGGCCAUUAUUCACGGCAGGCGAUCUCCGUUGUCAAUCCAACAUGUCAUCUGCUGCGACUUCUUCCGAAGACCGCACCAACUUCCCUUCCUCUGUUCUUAUCCUCGGCGCGGGCGUCUUCGGUCUCAGCACAGCAUGGGCGCUGACGCAAGACGCUCGUUACGCGAAUACCAAGAUCACGCUGCUGGAACGCGCAGCAGAGUUCCCGGCCCCUGAUGGGUCAAGCAUCGACUCAAGUCGGAUCGUACGAGCAGACUACCCCAUUUCAGCUUACGCGCGUCUCGCAGGCCAGGCCCAGGAGCGGUGGCGAGGUGAAUGGGGCGCUGAUGGCCGUUACACGGAGUCCGGACUUGCCAUCUUCAGCGGCGAUGACGAUGAUCAAGAUCUCAAGGUAGCCAGCCGUGAAGGCUUCGAUGCGGAUGUUGCGGAGAAAGCCCGCCUGUACGCCGAAAAGACGUUGAAAAAUGUCAUCGAAGAUCUCGGAUUGAAGGUUGGUCCGCGCGACCAAGGCGGCCAAGCGACACCAUUUGCGGGCGAGGCCGCUGCGCGAAAGGUGAUGGGCACCACAGGAGGCUUGGUUGGUACCAAAGGCUAUGUCAAUUGGACUUCAGGCUGGGCGCAUGCUGAGGAAGGUAUGUGUUAUCUGUGGCAGAAGGUGCUCGGCACGGAACGAGUGGAUGUCCGCACAGGCGCUCAAGUGCGGCGUCUACUUUUCGAUGGUACACGAACGGACGUUCGUGGUGUUGAGCUCGAGUCCGGGGAGCGCAUCACAGCAGAUGCUACCAUUCUAGCGUUGGGAGCAUGGACGCCCAAGUUCGUUGAUCUUCGUGGAAUCGCGAGCUCUACUGGACAGGUGCUGGCGUAUGUAAAUAUCACACCGGAAGAGGAAGCACGAUUGGCACAAAAUCCGGUCUUCAUCUGCUAUCGGACCGGCAUGUUCAUCAUACCACCACGGAACGGUGUGUUGAAAGUAGCAAGGCAUGGGUACGUCUCGCAUUGCCACAACAAUCUGCGGUGCUCAGCGUUGUCUUUGAGCAUGGCCAAACUAACGAACGUCUAUGGUUUAGCUAUGGCUACGCCAACCCGACUUCAAUCCCACACCCGGAAGAUCCAGAUGCUCCUCCCAUGACCGUGAGCUUACCACGUACCAAGCGCGACAAUGCCGACCUCGAAGUCCCUGCGGAGGGACUUGCCGCCUGUCGAGCAUUCCUCGCUGACUGUAUUCCG